AAAGCCAAGUACCUGCGAUCUUGUAAAGAUGCCCUGUGGAAACGUUGGAGUUCGGAGUAUUUAACUGCGUUGAGAGAAAGACAUCGGUGUGAUCGGGACGGAAAGUCGUCAAAUCUCGGUGUUGGGGAUGUCGUUAUCGUGCGUUCCGACGAACGAAAUCGAGCGAAGUGGCCGCUUGGGAUUGUAGAAAAGCUCUUCCCUGGAAAGGACGGUGUUGCUCGUGCUGUGAAGUUGCGUGCAGGUAAGACAUAUUUGGAAAGACCCGUUCAACAUCUGUACCCCUCAGAGCUCUCCUGUGACAAACGUCCAGCGACGCCGGAGACCCUUAACCCUGAGGCACCACCUUUUCGCCCAAAGAGAGAUGCAGCUGUUGCUGGAGAUUUGAGAAAUAAAGAUAUUCUUCGAAAUGAACAGGAACACUGA